AGCUCUUGCUUCAACAGUGCUUGAAUACAGCAGGGUCGCAGUCGCCCCAUCUUUGCAUUUCUCUGCCAGACCAGCAAAACCAGCCUCCCUCCAUCUGCGCCAUGAGCUCCCAGGUCUGCCAGAACUACCAUGCCGAGAGCGAAGCUAGGGUGAACUGCUUGGUCAACCAGUUCCUCCAUGCCAAUAAAAAAAUGGAGCAGGAUGAAUGGGGGAACGGAGCCUUCGCCCUUCAGCUGGAGAAGAGUGUGAACCAGGCCCUGCUGGAUCUGCACCAGAUUGCUUCUCAUCACGUGGAUCAUCAUCUGUGUGACUUCCUAGAGACUCACUACCUUGAUGAGGAGGUGAAGCUGAUCAAGAAGCUGGGGGAUCAUGUGACCAACCUGAAGUGGGGGCGUGCCAGCAAGGAUGGCCUGGGCAAGUACCUCUUUGAUCACCUCACCUUGGCCGACUGA